AUGCCGCCGUCCACCAUGAUUCCGCGUCACGCUCACAAGCGAUCGCUGUCUUCCGAGCACCGAAUCCUAUCCCCCGAGAAGACUGUCACCAAAGCCAAGUCCACCACCGAUCUUUCCCUAAUCGCCUCCCAAGCAGAUGCCCAUAAAUCCCACCCCAAUUUCGAAGAAAACAACUUCAGUACCUUGCAGGAUCCACGAUUGCACGUCGCCAGAGAGGUCUCACCAUCGACGUCAUCGUCUCAUCACCCCGAUCUGAGCAAUGAGGUUGCAGCGCUAAGUGUGAAACUGAUCCAGGCGAUCAAUAACCAGACAACACUAGACGACAGUUUAGGCGCCACGCGCCAGGAGUUGGAGGUUGCCCAGGGAAAAAUUAUCGCUCUCGAGUUCCAGAAUGAGAAAUACCGCCGGGAUCUCGAUCAAAAAGUAUACAUCAAGAAGGCCGACUCAGACCGCGAAAUCCAACAAUUGAAAGCUGUGCUUGCGGAGGAGAGAACACAGCGCGCCAUAGCUGAGAAGGGGAAAAAGACAAUGGAACAAGAGUUGGAAACUCUCACCGCGGAUCUCUUCGAGGAAGCCAACAAGAUGGUUGCUGCGGCGAAAAUCGAACGAGAAGCAGUGGAGAAGAAGAACGAACAAUUGCGCUCGCAAAUCAAAGACACCGAGUCCCUCCUCGCAUCGCACCAGGAACAGAUGGCGGAGCUCAAAUCGGUCCUGCAAGGGAUGCAUCUCAACAAGGAGGAUUUGGAAAGCCGCGCCAACAUAUCGACUGCUCCGCCAUCCCCGGGAGGUGUUCCACAGUCGCAGGGCUUUGCCAAGCAAGACUCUGAGAUGGGGACGGAGCCUCCGAUGUUGAACCCCGAGGAGUUCGCACCAGGCCCCUCGUGCAACUUCCCUGACAUGAUCCGCUUGGUAUGCCGCGCUGACCUACCAGCAUAUGACGACUUCCGGGACUUGUUGGUUCUAUCUCGCACCUCCAAGCCCCCCAGCCGCGCAGGCAGUGGGUCUUAUGGAGGCUUAAAUGUCAUGAGCUUGGCUAGUUUCGCAACUGGAGGAUCCAACUCCGCCACUUCAUCUCCCACCAAAGGCUUUAGCCACUCGCCUAACGGGAGCUUGUCCUCUCAAACUGGCUCGCAUAUACCAUUGAAGGAUACAAAGUUUUAUAAGAGAGUGCUCAUGGAAGAUAUUGAGCCGACUUUGAGACUCGAUUUAUCCCCAGGAAUCUCAUGGCUCACUCGACGUACUGUUCUGAGUGGUAUCUGCGAAGGCUCGCUUGUCGUGGAGCCGGUUCCAUCAGCGACGAAACAGUACGAAUUCCCUUGCUCAGUCUGCGGUGAACGCAGGACAGGAGAGAACAAUGAACGCACACACCGCUUCCGAACAUCAGAGAGCGAGACCGCGCAGCGAUACUCGCUCUGUAUCCAGUGCCUGGAGCGAGUCCGCUCCUGCUGUGAAUUCACCGGCUAUUUACGUAUGAUCCUUGAUGGACACAUUCGUGCCGGUGACUCGGAAGAGGAGAAAGAUGUCUGGGAAGAAACUGUUCGUCUUCGUGAAAGAAUGUUCUGGUCCCGAAUUGCGGGUGGCAUUGUUCCGCUUUGCACAAAGCCAGCUGAUGCGGAGAUCCCGCAAACCGAUCUACCAAGCGAUGCUGCCACCUCGCAGGAUUUCGAAGACGAUGAGCCAUUCGUUGCACGAGACAUCACCGUGCAGUCCCACGAUGGGGCUGGAUUCCCCACUACCAAGCUCUCUGUACCUGAAUACGAUAUGUCAAGACCAGUGACACCCGAUCUUCCGACUUUGAAUAUCCACGAUGAAACUUCAUCACCCGAGGCUCAAAGGCGAGGCUCGAUAGAUUCCGAUAUCAGUGUUUACGAGGAGGCUAGUGCCGAGGUGGUAUACGUACCUCAGGCACAGCACCAGCCGGAAGUGCAAGCAGAAUCGAAGAUUGACACUCAUGAGUCCUCGAAUGAACCUGCAGUUGAGUCUCAGCCUCCCACAGUGCCCCAGCCUGAGGUGACUAUCACUCCUGAUUCUCCGACCGAACCUGCGGUCAAGCCUGAGUCGGAAAAGCAAGCAGAAUCGCAGGCUGCUAUCCAUGAUUCCCAGGAACACCAUGACUCCCAUGAAACCCCCGCUGGCGAGGAGGGCACUGAGGUCGAUGGCUCCAAGCAUACGCCCACAUCGACAUGA